AUGUUUCUGCAUCAGCUCGACCUUACGACGGCAUUGCGCCCAUCUUUGCUGCCGGAAGAGACACUCUUAUUUGUACAGGAUGCUGUUGGCUUGUAUGAGGGCAAAUACAAGAUCCCGCAAUAUCAGAAUGGGCAGGCGUACUUGACUUCGCAUCGUGCAUGCUAUGUAGAUCACAACGAGCCACGACAAAACUCCGUAGCCAUCUAUCUGAAAGAUGUAGAGCGACACGAGUUCUAUGCUGGCUUUCUCAAAUCAUCUCCCAAGAUCACACUCUACCCUAAGCCAUCUAAGCAACUUUCGAGGGCUCCAGGCGCCACAAGUCAUGCAGGCACCACGUCGGAGAGACGAGGGAGUCCUGCAUCUGCAGCUGCAACACCUGUCAGCGCAACAUGGGUCUGCCCAAUAUGCUCCUUCUCGAACCCAGUUCCGUCGAACUUCGAUCCUGCUACCGCGAACGCUCGAACACCAUUGCCACCAUGUCUUGCAUGUGGCAUAAAGCCUCCACUGGUGCAUGUGGUCAAGGCUGCGAUAUCUGCGAUGUCGAACCGGCAAACAAUAGGUCCACCCCCUAGCUACAACGACGGAGCUCUGAACAUUUCGGCUCCUAACAGUGGAAGUCUUACUUUCUCGGGUUCUGGCGCGCUUCCGUGCCCACGCUGUACCUUCCAGAAUCACCCUUCAUUGAAAUCUUGUGAAAUGUGUGGAGGCCCAAUCGGAUCCGCAAUAGACAAAAGGCUGGAUGUGCCUCAUGAAAUUGGGCGAGCCGAGUCUCCAGGUCCCUCUCUUCGUGGUCCUCUGAAAGAUGAGGCUAUUCAAUCCAUCAAGUUCUCGUUUCGUGGUGGCGGCGACAAGAUAUUCCAUGAGCGUCUGAAGAACGCGCUCGUGCAGCGGAAAUGGCUCCUUCAAAGCGCACCACCGAUCCCAAAACCGCGCCCAGCAUUAGGCUCGUUCGAUGACGCCUACUCAAGCAAUGCAGAUGCUCCAGUAGUCGAUCUCGCACGUAACAAAGUCGUCGGAAUAGCGGGUCUAGAACGAAGAGGUCUUGAGCAGAAGCGGAACAACGAAGCUGUUAUUGGAGGCGCUUUCGAGGACCUUGAGGCUUUGAUGACGUCCGCUAAAGAGAUCAUUGCGCUUGCUGAACAGUUCUCCUCUCAAGCAAAUCUAGGCGGUAAUGGAAGUUCUGAUGCGAACGCCCUGGCAUCGCAAUCUGCUUCUGCUUUAGGGCUCGUAACAACGAAAGAUAUGCUUGGAUCAGGAUCAGGUUCGGAAUCACUCUACGUCUCAGAGCUGUCCAGAAACCUCGCGGAAUGGCUGACGGAUGACACGCGCGGCAUAUUACGGCGAGAAGGCGGCAUCGUGACACUAGUCGAUCUAUGGGCUGUGUUCAACCGUGCCAGAGGCGGCGUAGAACUGGUGAGUCCAGCCGACUUCGAGAAGGCGGCGAGGUUGUGGGAUAAACUUAAGCUACCCGUCCGCCUUCGACAAUUUAAGAGUGGACUUCUCGUGGUGCAAGGCCGCGACCGAACAGACGAGAAGACCAUCGCAAGUCUCCUCGCAUGGCUCAAAGAGCUACACAACGAGUCGGUUACAGAUGUUUCAUGGGAUGUACAGGCAUUCGGAAGAGGAGUUACCGCACAGGAAACCGCGGAACGAUUUGGUUGGAGCGUCGGAGUGGCUACCGAAGAGCUCGAGAUGGCUGAAGAAGCGGGCGCUUUAUCUCGGGAACAGGGACUCGAAGGAAUAAGAUUCUGGGAGAACUGGCUGGUCAAGAUGCCUAACCAUACGGCGGACACGUAG